AGAUCGCGCAUCACCAAUCGCAGUCAAAAGGAACGCAAACGCGAUCUCUUCUCUCUCAAAAACUCUGAUUCUCUCUCUCGCAACGCUUUUUCUUAAUUGGAUCGUCUAUGGCGGACAUCGACAUCGACGUCGGGAAAGAGCCGCUGAUAAACCAUGAAAACAACAACAAGAAGAAGAUCUUCAAUCGCUGCGUCUCCCACCAACAAGACGAGCUACACAGCUUCCGUAAAUACCUAAGAUGGAUGUGCGUAGAUCACUCAAGUCCAUGGACAGCGAUUCUCUCUUGGACCAUGUUCGUCGUCUUCACCCUCGUCGUUCCUGCGAUCUCUCACUUCCUUCUCGCUUGUGCCGACUGCGACAGUUACCAUUCAAGACCUUAUGAUUCCGUUGUUCAGCUUUCUCUAAGCAGCGUCGCCACCGUCUCUUUCCUCUGUCUCACCAGAUUCGUUAGCAAAUACGGUCUCCGACGAUUCCUCUUCUUUGAUAAACUCUGGGACGAGAGCGAAACUGUUCGACGAAAUUAUACCAAUCAACUCAAUACUUCGCUUCAUAUUGUGUCCUACUUUGUGAUACCUUGUUUCUCAGCAAUGAGUGCAUACAAAAUUUGGUGGUACGCAUCAGGUGGAUCUCAAAUACCGUUUUUAGGAAACGUUGUGUUAAGUGAUACAGUGGCUUGUAUAAUGGAGCUUUGUUCUUGGCUUUAUCGAACAACCGUAAUCUUCCUUGUUUGUGUUCUCUUUCGUCUCAUUUGCCAUCUUCAGAUCCUUCGUCUUCAAGACUUUGCUAAGCUUUUUCAGAUUGAUUCAGAUGUUGGUUCUAUAUUGUCUGAACAUCUUCGUAUUAGACGUCAUCUUAGAAUCAUCAGCCAUAGAUAUCGUUCUUUCAUUCUAUGUUUAUUGAUUCUUGUUACUGGAAGUCAGUUUUCUUCUCUGCUUAUUACUACCAAAGCUUACACUGAAGUCAAUAUGUACAGAGCUGGAGAACUCGCUCUUUGUUCGAUGACAUUAGUCACUGCACUUCUGAUACUAUUACGAAGUGCAUCAAAGAUCACACAUAAGGCUCAAGCUGUGACAUGUUUAGCUGCAAAAUGGCAUGUAUGCGCGACGUUAGAAUCCUUUGAUCAGACAGUAGAUGGAGAGACUCCAACUUUGGUUGCUAGAAACAACAACAACGAUAACAACAAUGGCCAUGAUGUUAUUACGUUGACAGAAUCAGACAGCGACGAGUAUGGUGAUGAAGAAGAUGAUCUAGACAAUAAUAACAUUAUUCCUGCUUAUGCUUUCAGUACCAUGUCAUUCCAAAAACGGCAAGCUCUAGUGAGUUAUUUUGAGAAUAACAGAGCAGGAAUCACAGUGUAUGGGUUUACACUUGAUAGAGGUACUCUCCAUACAAUCUUUGGACUUGAAUUGUCUCUUGUUCUCUGGCUUCUCGGUAAAACCAUUGGAAUUUCUUGAAUCUCUUUUGGGAUCAUCAAGAAACCUCCUAAUGUUUUGGCAAUGAAUCACUUUCACUUUCUAAUUUCUACUGUAAAUCAAAUUAUUUGUGCUUUAAAUACGCCACUGUAUUAUUACUGUUGUUAUAGAGUUCAUGUUAUUAUUGUAAAUUAGAUUCGAAAUAAAAAAAGCCUUUCUAUUUA